UUUAGAGAUUCACACAGAGAUAAUUCAGCAUAAAGAAGACUGAACUCAAGUCACAAUGAAGAUCCUCCUCAUCUUCUUCACUUUCUACCUGAUCUCAGAUGCAGUGAGAUGCUUUAGCGUCACUGGAUAUUCUGGAGGAAGCCUUCUGGUUGAUUCUGGGAAACUUUGGUUCACUGAUUCUGCUAAGAACAUGUAUAAGUUACGUGAAUGGAGAAGAAUAAAAAAUGAUGGAAGAUUAUUAAUUUUUCACAAUAACAAGGGAAACCUCUUGAUCUUCAUCAGAGAACUGAACCAACAGGAUGCUGGAAGAUACAGGAUUGGGGUUUCUGGCAUGAGGCCUGAAUAUUUGAAUUUAAUUGUGUUAGAGGAUUUGUGUUGUGGGAUGUCAAAGAUAAUUGUGAAUCGUGGAGAUAAUGUCAUGAUCAGCUGCAAAUAUUCAGAGAAACACAAAAAUCAUCCCAAAAUCAUGUUCAAAAAAGAAAAAGCCUCCAUUGAGUUGAUUUACACCACUGAGACAUGGGAGAAUAAAAAAGAAUUGAGUUUUUCCAAUGACAGUGAAGAAAACCUCUUCAGUGUGAGAAUCACUGCUGUGACACCAGAUGAUGGAGGAGUUUAUUUAUGUGGAGUUUGGAUCAACAGACACUCGUACAGUUACUCCAUUAUUAAUACUGUUAAUCUACAUAUUGUUGAUAAGUAUAAAUCGGCUACAUUUAGAGUGAGUGGCUACUCAGGAGGUCGUCUGAUGAUCAAGUGUGAACAUCCUCAAUACAAAACCAAGCCAAAAUACAUCUGUAAAGAAUCAGCUGGAUGUUCAGAGAGGAAGAAUCCAGGAGUUCAGGAUGAAUGGAUGGAGAAUGAAGAUGUUUCUUUAUAUGACGACACCAGAGCAGGAAUCUUGAUGGUGUUUUUUAGAGAGCUGAAAGCUGCAGAUGCAGGAACAUACAGGUGUGGAGUGAAAGUAUCCGACUAUACUGAGAGCUUCACUCAACUUCAGCUGAGCGUCAAACAUGCUGCAAAAUAUCCAAAGAGAGUGACAGAAUCUGCUCCUUUUGGUGAAGAAGUCAACAUUAGCUGUCAGAUCCCAGAGGAACAUAAAGUUCAUUUCUGCAAAGAGGAUGAUAAUUACAUCUGUCAGAACAUCAGCUCAUCUAAAGUGACACAAAUGAGUGGUUCAUCUGAGAGAAAUGAAGAGAGAGUUUUUACAGUGAGUAUCAGUAAUGUGAGCGUGAGAGAUGCUGGAGUUUACUGGUGUGGAGCAGAAACCAGAGACACAUAUUUGACUUUCAUCUCCCUGACCACGGAAAUACAGCUCAACCUCAUCAUGGCUCCAGUAGUGAGACAUGAAGGAGAAUCUGCUGAGAUCAUCUGUCCUUAUGAUUCAAUCUAUAAAUCAAACACAAAGUCUCUCUGUAAGGGGAAGUGCUCCACUAGAGACAAAAAUCCUCUCAGUGAGACUGUGAGAGAAGAGAAAGAUACCAAGACUGACAGACUGACUCUGAAAGAUAAUGUCACUGCAAGUGUCUUCACUGGGACCAUCACUGGACUGACAGCAGAGGAUGCUGGGAAAUACUGGUGUGCAGUGACAUUAGAAACAGACCUCAAUUAUCUUUACACUCAUCUGAUGGUCAUCAUGAACGAGGAGCUGAACUUGACUAAGUAUGAAGGAGACGACGUGUCAAUCCAGUGCAAACAUCAUGAUGAAGAUCAGAAAAGCUUCUGCAAAGCACAUGAAGCCUCCAUGUGUGUGAAGGAUGGAGUUUCAUUGGAGACCAUCAGAGAUGAUCGAUUCUCUUUCAGUGAUGAAGCAUCUACUGGAGUCUUUACUGUGAACAUCACUGAUCUGAGAGAAGAGGAUUCUGGGAUAUACUGGUGUGGCGCUCACGUCAUGUCUAAAGUGCAUUUAAAUGUCAAAAGGGAUUUCUCUAUGAUCAUCAUUAUUAGUGUGUGUGAGAUUCUGCUGCUGAUCGGAGGAUUCACUCUGACUGUGUGGAAAUUAAGACACAAGAGACAAGAUCCAGGACCAGUACAAAUUAACACUCAUGAUGAUCUACUCACAAUCCCCUCUGAUGGGCUCCUGUACGCUGCUGUCAGUUUCCAGAAGCAUGAAAAGUCUCUCAGUGACGCUACAAUCAGAUUCAGUAAGAAUGAGAUUCACUCUGAUUACACCACAGUCAGUUACAGCAUGAGACUCAACUAACUUACUUAUUACAGAGAUCACAGAUCAUCAUGUUACCAAUAUUUUUAAAACAGACACUGUUUUUUUUAUUUUACAUUUGUUCACAUUCACAAUUCAUUGAUAAAAAUGUACUCAUAAUUCAUAAUUUAAUAUUGAAACCGAUGUUUUUAUUGAUCAGUGUAGUUCAGUUCAGUGUGCGAAUCAAGAGACACUUUAAAGUUUCUGCUGCUGCUCAUGUUGCUUCUUGCACAUGUUUAAAAUAGUGUAAGCUCAGUGUAUGUGAGGGUGUGAUAAAAACAGGAAAUACAAACACUUCUAGAAUAUAUUGUCAAGUUUCCACUCCAAAUGCAGAGACUUGGCACACUGUAAAAAAAAAUCUGUUAAAUUUACCGAAAAAUACCGGCAGCUGUGGUUGCCAGAAUUUUACCGUGAAAAAUACAGUAGCUAAAUUUUAGGAUUUACAGAACUGUUCAAAUUUACAGUGAAUAACCGUAUCUCAUUAACUGAUACAAUGUUAAUACACAAACCUUUCAGUUAACUCACUUUAUUUGCAGAAACCCACUACGCUUAAAUUAUCCAACUGCCAUUUGUUGAUAAACUAAUAUUUAUAAUGUUUAUGUAAUGUGAGCAUAAGAGUAUUGAGAACUAUUUUGUUUAAGUCCUUGAAGAAAAUCUUACUGAUUUAUGCAAAGUCAUCAACUCAACUCAAAUCUCUUGCAAAUAACAGUAGCACACAUACGUGAUCAAAUCUAGCAAAUAUAAUCUCAUUACAUCAGCAACUACACAGUUACUGCCUUUAAAUAAAACAACAUGCAGUAUAACAACAGUGUCCCUCUCUCCGUCCUUGACUUAAACACAGGCUCUAUUCUCCAGCACAAUGGUGACCCACAAAACACAACAGGAAGUUGACUGUUAGGUUUUACAGUAUUUUGCUGUUUUUUUGUCUUGAUUUUACGGCGAAAUACCGGCAGCUGUGGUUGCCAGUAAUCUACUGUUUUUUUCAGUUUGCUUCCGUAACUUAAAUUUACAUUUCACAGUAUGUUUUGUCAUCUCACACAUUUAACCCCUUUAAUCCCACAGCAAAAUCCUCAGUUUUAAAGAGCACUUCUAUGUGUCCACACUACAGAGUGUUGAAGUAACGCUGAAGCAGUGAUGAAUUAAUGAGAGAAUUAAGUGACUAAUUAAAUUAGGAUUGAGCUUUAUUGAUGAACACCUGCUGUUAACAAGUAGAAUCACCGAAGGAACGAGAAACAAGAGCAGAGAAAUAUAACUUACAGCUAAAGCCACGAUGAAAUCAACUGAAAUAAAAACAUGAAAUCUCUCAAGAUGUCAGAAGAGGGUGAUUAAACAACUCCACACCAGCAUCUUAUUACUAACCACUUUUACUUUAUUUCUGUCAUACGUGUACAAAAGCUCUUAUUGAGAUUUUAGUUGUUGUACUUUCAUUUGAAGUCACCAUAUUGGCGAUCAGUGGGUGCUUUAGUUGGGAUCUUGAAUCGUGACUCUUUAAUGUCGGUUUUUGUUUGAUUGCUUUAAUUAGCUGUGUUUAUUAAGCACAGUUUUUAAAGCAAAAACACCAAACAAAUUUCUCAUCACUUGGAGACUUAUGUUUGUGAUGUCAAAACCAACAUGGUCUAGUUUAGUCUCUUGUUAAACAUGUAAUAUGUUAAUUACACCAUUGAUACUACAGCAAUAAGAUAUUGAGAAACAGCUCUAACCAGAACAUUCACAAAUGAAUGUAUUGAACUACAGCAGAGCGUAAACACACACAGACAUCAGCAAUCGGCAUAUGAAUCUCAAAAUUGGUGACAAUCAAAAGUGAUAUAAAUUUUUUUUUAAAACGGUUCAAAUCUGAACAUCACAAAACAGUCUACUGAAAAGUAACAACAAAAACAACACCAAAAUAAAAGUAAAUAAAGAAAAUAUUAAGAACAUUCAGCUGCAUAAUUUAUUCAUGCUGCAGUGCAUGCUGGGAGUUUUGUACUGGCACCCAGCAUGCUUUGUUUUUUUUUAAAUUAUUACUAGUCACCAUUGUUGAGGUUCAUGUGCUGAUUCUUGAUGUCUGUGUUUCUAAAUGGUGCUUUAACUCCGAAGGUUUUGUGAAUGAAAGGUUUUUAAAUUCUUUCAUGGUUUGUCAGUUUAAUUUAUAGCGUAAUAUUAUUACCAUAAGCAAUGUAAAAAUAAUUACAAAUUACCCAUAUUGUUUAACACUAACUGAUGACGACCACCACUUUUAAGUUUUAACCAAAAGUACUUAACUACAAUUUCUCUAAAACUUUUUUCGAAAGAAAAAAUUUGUUAUGACAAGAAAAGUCAAUUGUCACCAUUUUCAUUUUGAACAUUUUUCACACAUUUCUUUUCAUUUUUUCAACACACAUUUAAAAAAACAAGCAGGAACAAAUACACAUGGUUUAAAAGAAAAAUAAAAUUUUUGCUAAAAACAAACAAUUAAAACCAUUGUGUGUCUUGUUAAAACAUCCAUUUUGUGUGUGUGUGUGUGUGUGUGUGAGCCAGGAGCGGUGGCGCCUAGCCCCCUCGUCGGAUUAUCGCCGUCCGGUACCCCUGCAGCAUUGUUGUUACCUUUAGCUCGCAUGCGGGUACCGUAACGCGCUUCCCCACCAGCAGGUUUCUGGUGGCCCAGAUGGCAUCCUUGAUGACGUUGAGGGUGAGCCAGAGCGAGAUAAAUUUCUGUGCUGUCAAGUCCUUCAAGCCCCAGCCCACCCCAAGGAUGGCGAACUGGUACCUAACCGGGCCCCACCCACUGGUAGGCACAGGAAAAACAGGGGGCUGUAGUAAUAAAUGUGCUUGUCAUAACACAUGUGCUUUACAAACACAGUUAUAAUAACCAAAGAAAAACUAACCUUAAACAGCCAAGGGUCAAGAGCAUAACUAAAGCAAACACCGAUCACCAAGAUGGUGAGGUCAAACAAAACAUUUGAAAUAAAAUAUAAACCUCUGUUAAUUCGUAGAUAUAUGACAGAAAUUAAGUAAAACUGGUUAGUAAUAAGCGGAGCUGGUAAUGCUGUUUGUGGAGUUGUUUAAUCAUCCUCUGCUGUUUUAUUUCAGUUGAUUUCAUUUAAGGCUGUGGCUGUAUGUCAGUUGUAGUUUUGUUUCUUGUUCUUUCCUUCAGUGAUUGUGUUUGUUAACAGCAGGUGUUCAUCAGUGUCUGAAUUCACUCAUAUGUUCUCAAUCACUCUGUCUAGUGGACUAUAUAGUGAAGUAAUGUAGGACUAGUGAAUGAGGGUGUAGGGAGUGGUUUCAGACACAGUCUAUGAGUGUCAACUCUGAGGCUACUUUCUCGAAAACAAAGGUUAGAUCUACUACAGUUAUUCACUGUAUAUAGUAAGGAAACAUACUCUUAAUCAUUUAACAGGUUAUUACUGUGGUAUUUUACAGUUUUUUACUGUUAAAAUCACAAUCAUUUUUUACAGUGCAGCUUUUGACACAUACACACUCAAAACUGAAUUUUGCUUCUUUUGUUGUUUACUCAAAUAAAAUGAUGUAAUGAAACACAAAACAAACAUUUUAUCACCAGUUAAUUUAAUUACAUUCAUUUUUUUUUAUUAUUAUUUGUGUGUGUGUGUGUGUGUGUGUGUGUGUGUGUGUGUUGCUACUGUGUGAAUAAUUUAAUAAAUAAAAUAAAUAAACAACUGAAUCUGGACAGCGGAUUCCUAGUUUCCCAGCAUGCUUUGCAUGGAUGUGAAUAAAUGGAAUACAUGUUGAAAAUAAGGGUUAUUUCAUGUGUUUGUGAGUGAAGGGAAAUAUUUGAUUGGUGCUUAAUGCAUAUUUUUGGUGGGGGUUUAAAAGAGGUACUGUUAUGUUGGAGUUGGUAUUGUUUGUGCAGAAGAGUGGAACCUAACAGGCACAUACAUGACAUGACAAUAUAAUAAUAUAAUACUAAUAAUAAUACAAUGUAAUAUUGUCACGGCAAGACAUUGAUUAAAUAGCAUUACCAUAGUAUAGAGGUUGACUGAAUCUAGCUUUCAUACUGAUGAAAUAAACAGAUACCAGAGAAACAACCAGAAAUACAGAAUAGGAACAUGAUAGAACAUGACCUGAUUAUCGUCAUGAAAGAGUGAGAAAGGUUUAUAAUUUCUGCAAAGGAGAAAGACAAUUCUAUCAUUUUAUGAAUUUGAUUUCACAUCCCCCUCAAGAGGACUAAUUUAAAUAUUCAUAGUUUGUUCAGUCUCAUGUCCAUUGCAUCUUCCCAAACAGAGGCAGAAGAUGAACAUUGAUUGUGAGCAGAAGACAAUAUUAUACUGUAGACAUUCAGCAAUUCGACUUCAAACUGAUCAACAAGUGAUCCAUAUGUGAUUUGAAAAAUGUAAUUAUUUCACAUAAACAAAUCAAAUAACACUUAAAGCAACACAUUUUAUAGACAUUCAAUGUUAUACAUUUCUGUUGUUUAGGUUAGUAAAUUGCAGUCGAUACCAUUUUAAACAAGCAUAAUUUUCAUUAUUAUCUGCCUGGCUGCACUGUAAAAAGUGAUCCACUAUAUUUACUCAAUAAAAUUGAGUGAUACACUAUAUUUACUCAAUAAAAUUGAGUAAAUAUAGUGUAUCACUCAGUUUUAUUGAGUAAAUAUAGUGUAUCACUCAAUUUUAUUGUCAACAGAUUACAAGCAAUAUUAUUAAUUAAAUUCAACACAAAUUAAUUAGAAUUAAUCAAACGAGAUGAUUACAAAUUAACCAUUCAAAAUGAGUAAAAUUGCACCAAAACAUUAAGUAAAAUUUAAACAAAAAUAUUGAUUUGACUGGUCCAAAAAAAAAAAAAACCUAAAUUCAAAAUAAAGUUUAUAUUUAUAUGCUAGCUUGCUUUUCUGAAUUCAUAUAAAGAAAAAUAUGAACAUAACUUUCAGUCUAGGAAAAUAUGUAAGAUUAUUAUUGUUUAUUCUGUUUCUAAUGUUGUGUUGUGAUAUACAGCAAAGGUUGAGCUCAUCAUCAGACAUUCAAAUACAAGAGCAAGAGACUGAUGAGACAGUGAAGUGGACAUUCUGUACAGUUGUGUUUGAAUGUCUACAAAAGUACUAUAAAGAACAAACGUGUUUGAUUUGGUAACUAAUUUAUUUUAAAUCAAAUGUGUGUGCUGGAAGAGAAACCUGGUAUUUUUAUUAGGUUAAAGAGACUUGCUUGUAUGUCUCAAUGAUUUAUGUUUGCAGGGUUAUUUAAAACUGUGGUGAGUGUACUAAAGAAGAGCCAACAUGUGCUGCUCUCCAGCUUGUGUUUUUUUCUUCUUGCAUCUAAAUUAUUUCGGUCAAACCAAGACAUGCUUCAGCCGCCUGCAGGUGUGAUAAAAACAGGAAAAGGUUUUUCAAUACCCAUUGUAACAGAUGUUCUACUUCAUAAGAUGCUGUGAACUGUGUAAUAUAUGAAAAAGAAAAUACAAUUCUUAUUUAUAAUAAAUCAGUUCCACCAAAAAGUUUAAUUCAGGUCAUCAGAAAUAUUUAUAAGAGAAAAGUUCAAACUCAAAACUGCAGUUGGUUGGACUCGUAAAAAACAAAGUACAAACUUAAGGGGUUAAGCCAAGGGAAAUUGAUUUACUCAAACAGUUUGUUACCCUAAACUGUUGGGUUUUACAGUGUGAAAACAUUGUAUGUUAAUUAUUAUUAAAAUAUUAUCAUUGUUGUAUAUUUUUCUGGCUUAAUUUAUGUUGAUGCUGCUGUUGUUACUGUCAGUUAUGCCAAGUUCACACUGCACGAUUUUAGCCUGAUUUUUCACUCGCCGACAGGUUUUGAUAAAUCGCCGACAAAUGCCCGACAUCGGAGGCAAAUCGGAGCUCGUUCACGCGAGUGACAAUCGCGCAGUGUAAAUUAUCAAAGACGCGAUCUGAGGGAAUCACCGACACGUCGCCGACGCAUGUGAAAUAUUUGGCAUGCUAAAUAUCUGGAGCUGUCGGCGAUUCACAGUCACGCUGUGUGCAAUGAUUUCUGACUAAAAACUACAUCAUGAUGACCUUCAGCCAAUGAGAGACAAAGAUACAGGGCAGAGGGAAGUUCGGUGAGAAGUUAUAGACCAUAUCAGUAUUUUAAUAUGUACAAUUAUAUCAUACAGAAACAAGCACAAACGCUUGACCAGCCGCAACAUCAGCAUAACAGUUACUGUUAUUAUUUACCACUCUUUGCAGAACACAAUCCCUGUUCCCUGCAUCUCCCUCCUGCAUAAUCUGUUUUUCUUUUUUUAGCUGGAAAUCAGGGCACAGACAAUUUGCGGGCUAUAUUUUUUUAAUACUUCCAGUCUCGCUGGAGAACAACGGGCUGACGCACGCGGGUCCUCGCAAUAUUUCCUUAUCACUUCUCGCAUUUGUUUUGGUGUGAAACGUAGUUUGCAGAUCAGACAGAGUUGUCGGCGAUUCUUCCUAUUGUGAAAUCGUGCAAUGUGAAAGCCCCUGUCGCCGAUCCAUCGUGCAAUGUGAAAACAACAGCGAUCCGACAAGUUUGAAAAUCAUGCAGUGUGAACUCGGCAUUAGCUGUCAUGUGGAUCAAAGUUCAUAUUUUCACUGAUUUAAAAUUUGUUUAUCCUCACCAUGUUUGAGAAUCGUGUGCUGAGUUACUGUAUAUUUGCAUCUCAUUACAACUUGUUUAAAAUAUUUGUUCAUUAUAGCAUAAAUGUUUGCUUUUACUUUUAAGAGGAAAAAAAAAGAGGAAAAUACUACCCAUGCUAUAUAGAAAACUUUGAAAAUAAACAUGAAUCUAAAAGAAAGAAUAGUAUUGCUGAAAUGUAUUUGGUUGCUCUGAUAGGUCUUUUAACACUCAGUAGACUGAUUUUUAUUCAUUAGAUGAACUAAAGUUUUUAAGUUGUCGGUUGCUAAUUGAGCUAACUUAAGAAGUUGAUUGUGAUAUUGCCUUAUUUUUUUGAGUUAGGUCAACCUUUUUUUUUUUU